AGAAAUGAAAUGGACAUAAAAACAUCAAAAAAUCCAUAUUAUAUUAUAUUCACACAUAAGCAACUUCCACUCUUCUUCUUCUUCUUCUUCUUCAACAAUUCUCUCUCUUCUCUCUCUCUCUCUCUCUCUCUCUCACGAGGGUACGUGUAUAUCUAUGGAGGUUUCUGCAACUUCCAUGGCUUCGAAACCAGAAGAUAUUCAUAACCCAUCUUCGGGAAUGGUGUCUUCUUCGAGAGGAGAGGAGAGUCCAAAGCCACAGGUCCAGAUUCAGACAAGAUCUGAGCAUGUUGUCUCAGCUCCUUAUCCGACAACGUUUGUUCAAGCCGACACUUCCACUUUCAAACAUGUUGUUCAGAUGCUCACUGGCUCGUCGGAAACCACCGUGAAACAUCAAGAAUCUCCGCCGCCGCCGCUGCUUCCGGGGAACAACAAGGGAUGCUUCUCGAUCCCGCCGAUCAAAAAGGCCAACAGCUUCAAGCUCUACGAGAGAAGACAAAACAACAGCAACAGUAACAGUAGCAGUAACAACAUGUUCAUGAUCAACACGUUGAGGGUCCAUAGUACUCCGAGGUUGAUGUUCUCAGGGAACAAUCAUGGCCAUGGUCAUGGUCAUGGUCAUAGCCCGGGAUUCUCGCCGAGGAACUCGGAGAUUCUUCUCUCUCCAAGCAUGCUUGACUUUCCAAAGCUAGGGCUGAACAGCCCGGUUACACCUCUGAGCAACGAUGACCCCUUCAACAAGGCAUCGCCUUUAUCCCUUGGAAAUUCGUCUGAAGAAGAAAAGGCCAUUGCCGAAAAAGGGUUUUAUCUUCACCCAUCUCCCAUUUCUACUCCACGGGAUUCUGAGCCUCAGCUUCUGCCUCUGUUCCCAGUCACUUCCCCUAGAAUCUCCUCUGAUUCAUCUCCUACACAUAGAGAUUGAAGCGUAUAUAUAUCUGAUUUGCUUCUAUAUUAUAAUUUCUUUUCCUUGGAAUGGUAUGUGAAAGCCUGUCCCUUUUUUUUCUUUGUAUUCUCCCCGGCCUAAUGGAGCAUUGUAAAUUCCAUGUGUCACUGUCUUUGGACACUGAUUUGGUCUUUAUUUUUUGUUAUCCAAUGAGAACAGAUAAUAUUAUUA